GUAUUUAUUUUAAAAUGAAAUUGCAUGACGUAAUUGAAAAAAAAAAAGAAAAAUCUUGUUCAGUGCAAAUUAGCACAAGCGAAUUUUAACAGAAAAAAAAAAAAAAGAAAAACAGAAAGAUGCAAGGGAAGGUGGAAGUGCAAUAGAAAAGUUGGAAAACGUAGAAAAGGAGAAAAGAAGAGUAGACUCCUCCUCCUAUACAACUAUAAAGAGAGAUAGAGAGGCGACCGUUGGUGCGGCGGUUUGGGAAGAACCCAAUUUCAUCCAUUCUUUCAUCAUUAGCACGAAACAGUUUCAGCAUCUUUCAGCAGUUUUGGUACAGCAAAGAUCGGAAUGCGUGGUUCUGGAAAGAAACUUAUUGAUUAUGAAUCUGCCAAACCCUCUUCUUCUAAGAGAGAAGCUGGGUCUAAGCCAAUUGCUGCAUUAAAAUUAAAAAAACGAAGCAAAAUAUCGCAUGGCAGAGUACGUAAACCCAAACAUCAUGUGAAGAAAGUUGGUUCAACCUUGUUGAAGAGGAAAGUUACUGCCUCUAUUAGCAAGAGGACAGCGAGUGAUGUCUCUUCCAGCAGAAAAGUUGGUGGUGAAACAAACAAGAAAGUGUCUUCUAAGAAGUUGGAUCCGUCGAAGCUUGGAGGUAAAAAUGCCUCAUUUGGUAGUUUGGAGGAGAAUGGUAAAAAGGAUAAUGGAGAUGUUGGAAUUAAAAAACUAAGCAAGAAGAAAAAGAAGGGGCAAAAAGAUAAGGUGGAGCUGGAUGAAGCAUCGCGGUUGCAGGGGAGAACAAGGUACCUUCUGAUUAAAAUGAAGCUGGAACAGAGUCUUAUUGAUGCUUACUCUGGGGAAGGUUGGAAGGGUCAAAGUCGAGAAAAGAUUAGGCCAGAAAAGGAACUGCAAAGAGCAAAGAAGCAAAUAUUGAAGUGCAAACUUGGGAUACGUGAGGCAAUUCGCCAGUUGGAUUCACUUAGUUCAGUAGGCAGCAUUGAAGGAUCUGUUAUUGCUCCAGAUGGAUCUGUUUAUCAUGAACACAUAUUUUGUGCAAAGUGCAAGUUGCGUGAUGCUUUUCCAGAUAAUGAUAUAGUACUUUGUGAUGGAACAUGCAACUGUGCAUUCCACCAAAAGUGCCUGGAUCCUCCAUUGGACACCGAAAAUAUACCUCCGGGAGAUCAGGGCUGGUUUUGCAAGUUUUGUGAGUGUAAGAUGGAAAUUAUAGAAGCAAUGAAUGCUCAUAUUGGAACCAAUUUCUCUGUUGACAGCCAUUGGCAGGAUAUUUUCAAAGAUGAAGCUGCUUUCCCUGAUGAUGCAAUUGCAUCAUUAAAUCCGGAGGAGGAUUGGCCUUCAGAUGAUUCUGAAGAUGAUGAUUAUGACCCAGACAGGAGGGAAAACAGCUGCAGGAUCGGUGGCACAGCCACUGAUGGUGAUGAAUCAGAGGAUACAGACAGUUCAAUCAGUUUGAGUUGGUCUGUGGAUGGUGAAGAUUUUUCGGGAUCUGGAAGGUGUGAAAACCAUGACAGUGGUGCAGAUUCUUCUGAAACCAGUGAUGGGGAAAUUAUUUGUGGCCGUAGGAGGCGAAGAGCUGUUGAUUACAAGAAGCUAUAUGAUGAAAUGUUUGGAAAGGAUGCUCCUACAUUUGAGCAAGUCAGUGAAGAUGAAGAUUGGGGUCCUGGUAAAAGAAAGCGUAGAGAAAAAGAGUCAGAUGCUGCCAGCACGCUUAUGACUUUGUAUGAAAGUGAGACAAAAUUUAUAAAUGCUGAUGCAACAGAAAUGAUAAGACAACUACCUUCAGACCUGAAGAGCAGGCGGCCUUUUUUCAGAAUUCCUCCUGCUGCAGUAGAGAAACUCCGUCAGGUGUUUGCUGAGAAUGAACUUCCUUCUAGAGUCAUCAAGGAGAAUCUUUCAAAGGAAUUGGGCCUUGAGCCUGAAAAGGUAAAUAAAUGGUUCAAGAACGCCCGCUACUUGGCACUAAAGAGCAGAAAGGUAGAGGGAGCAGAUCACCUUCAGAGUUCAUCUCCUAGAGUCUCCAAGGAACCUGGAAUGGAAGCUCCAGAGAGGAAAGAUCCUGAUAUCAUGGCAUUGGAAGAUAUGCUGGAACCAACUUUAUUACAUACACCAAAGAUAUUGAAAAAGAAAGUGAGAAAGAGUCCAAACUCAAAGUUGUUAGACACCUCUUUAGAGAGAAGCCCACAUAAUGGACUCUCAGUUGUUUCACCUACAAACAGCAACAAGGUCGGUAAGGAGCUGAGUGACGAUCUGAUCUUGAAGAAGCUUUUAAAUGUGAAAAAGAAGAGGGAGAAGAAGAGGGUGAGCAUUAUUGUUGGGGGUGGAUUACAAGAAUUUGAGUUAGAGAUGGAAAGGCUUUGUAGGGCUAAGGUUAGGCUUGAGAAUAUGAAGCAAACAUUAUUAAGGUUAGAAACUAGCAAAGCUAGGAAGUUGAAUAAAAAGCAGUUACACGAAGAAUCCUUUAUUUAUAUUCCCAUUGCAGAGCUAAAGGAGAAGGUUUGAAUUUGUGCAACCUUUUGUUUCGGUCAAAUGCCAAUUUGAUCGGACCUCAAGUUGCAAUGAGAAUGAUAUUCUAUAUUCCUUUUUCUCUCUUGCUUUUUUCAAUUUGCUCUCCGUUGUAUUAAGUAGAUGAACAGUUGAUACUGACCCCCCCCCCCCCAAAAAAAAAAAAAGAAAGAAAAGUUUUAACAGUUGAUGAAAAUGUUUGGCUUUGUUGUUGAGUUUCUUUGACAGCAUUAGUAGUCUGCAGUUUUCACUGCAUUGGAUUUAGCCAAGGGAAAGCAGCUUACUGAACGUACUAGAGCGAAAACUUUCCCAGGAUUAUCUGUCAUAUUAGGUAUGUAUAAGGGAAUCUGAUAGCAGGCUAAAGCACAAGAGCAGAGCAUCAGCGGCGGCGGCAGCAGCAGCAGCAUGAAAACACAAACGGAAAAGAAAGGUAUCUAAUUGCAAAAUUGACUUCUUUGGCUGUGUAUGUUACUUUGAAUGUACAAAAGAUGUUGUCAAAAGAUAAGUAUCUGCAUGUACUCUGAAAAAUUAUCACUCUCAAAGAGACGUGCAAAGUGCAAUUGAUCCUUGAUUAAUCAGUAACAGAUUCAA